AGAGGCUCCCAGCCAUCCGUGGGAAGGUUUUAGAAGGGGGCAGAGCUCUACCCGGAAGUGUCUCGCGGCUGAGCACUCUGUCAUUUGGCCACGGUUGGUUCUGAGGAGAGGGACAGCAACGGCAAAAGAAACGCAGGAACAAGUCAGUUGGAUAGAGAGAUUUUUUUUUUUACAGAAAUCCUUUAAACAAUGAAACCCACCGAAUAAGCCACUACAGUCAACUAGUAUUAAAUUCGUUUUAACAAUUUAAUUCAAUGACAUUUAUUUUUUUAGACAAGCAAGGUUAGCGGUUCGCGAGAGAGAGCUGUGUCAUUGAGCAGGCAGGACACGUCAGGAGAGGAGAGAAAAGCUGGUUAGCCAUAACUAGCUACUAUAUGAGCGAAAGCCAUAAAAGUACCAUAUCGCUUGUCAUAAACUUGAUUUUCACAAUUUUAUCAGACACAUCGAGAUUGCCGGUUGACUACAGGACGAUCGAGUCAUCGCCUGGAUCAAGGGUAACGUUAGCGACCAAAAGGACGUAAAGAUCACGGGAUAGCACAUAUUGUGUGGGGGAAAACAAAUGGGGGAUUACGGGUUUGGAGUCUUAGUGCAAAACAACACUGGCAACAAGUCUGCAUUCCCAGUUAGAAUUCACCCACAUCUGCAACCUCCACAUCAUCAUCAGAAUGCGUCUCCAAGCCCUGCUGCUUUCAUAAACAAUACCACAUCUGGUAAUGGCAGUAGCAGUGGGUCGCCUUGGCUGUUUUCAGCCACAGCUGCCCACAGCAGCAUGCAAGAUGAAAUUCUUGGGUCUGAAAAGCCCAAAGCCCAGCAACAGGAAAUGCAAGAAACGCAAGAAAAGCAACAACUGUCCCCUGGCCACCAGGAGUCUGUAAUCAUAUCUGAGUUAGAGAAGGCGAGGUCCGAGGAGAACAAGGUGGAGGGCAGCGCCUCAGAUGGUAGCAAUGGAAAGGAGAAGCUGCGCCUCGAGUCCCCAGUACUGACAGGCUUCGACUACCAAGAGACAUCGGGUCUUGGGACUCCAGCCCAGUCCAGUACCUCCUCGUCCCUGACCGGCUUCAACAACUGGUCAGCGGCUAUUUCCCAGACACCCUCCACCAUCAUCAACGAGGAUGUCAGCUUCUUCAACCCAGCUGCCUCUGCUAACAAUGGGGCCCUCCUGUUCCAGAAUUUCUCCCACCACACCAGCCCAGGCUUUGGGGGAAACUUCUCCCCCCAGAUUGGACCCAUCUCCCAGCACCAUCCCCCACAUCCACACUUUCAGCACCCACACAACCAACACCAACAGCACCGCAGGUCCCCAGCCAGCCCCCACCCUCCUCCCUUCCCCCAUAGGAAUGCUGCGUUCAGCCAGUUGCCGCAUUUGUCCAAUAAUCUGAAUAAACCCCCGUCACCUUGGGGUAGCUACCAAAGCCCUUCUCCCUCUCCCUCCUCAACCUCCUGGAGUCCUGGCGGGGGCUAUGGUGGCUGGGGAGGCUCCCAGGGGCGUGAGUACCGUCGGGGCCUCAACGGAGGCAUGACCCCCCUGAACUCCAUCUCCCCACUGAAGAAAACCUUCCCCAACAACCACGUGCCGUCGCAGAAGUACUCCCGCACCAGCCCUGGGUUCAACCCCAAAUCCUGGAUGGACGAGAGUGUGAGCAGGAGUGACAACAUCUUCCCCUUCCAGGAGCGCACCAGAUCCUUUGAUGGCUUCAACAUGCAUUCCCUGGAGAACUCUCUCAUUGACAUCAUGAGGGCCGAGCAAGAUACUCUGAAAGGUCGCCUAGGAUUCACCCAUCCAGGGGGAGAGAGUCCUCUGCCCAUAAAUGCAAGGAAUUAUGGGAGGCGACGAGGUCACUCUUCCCUGUUCCCCAUGGAGGAUGGUUUCCCUGACGACGAGCGUGGUGAGCAGAGCCUGCCUGGCCUUGGCUCGCCCCACUGCUUCCCCCACCAGAAUGGGGAGCGUGUUGAGCGUUACUCCCGCAAGGUCUUUGUCGGUGGCCUCCCGCCAGAUAUUGAUGAAGAUGAAAUAACUGCAAGUUUCCGUCGCUUUGGACACCUCUUUGUGGACUGGCCUCACAAGGCAGAGAGCAAAUCUUACUUUCCCCCGAAAGGUUAUGCCUUCCUGCUGUUCCAGGAUGAGAGCUCUGUGCAGGCCCUGAUUGAAGCCUGUAUUGAAGAGGACGGAAAGCUCUACCUGUGUGUGUCCAGCCCCACCAUCAAAGACAAGCCGGUCCAGAUCCGUCCCUGGAACCUGAACGACAGUGACUUUGUGAUGGACGGCUCCCAGCCUCUGGACCCCAGGAAGACCAUCUUUGUGGGUGGGGUGCCACGCCCUCUCCGUGCAGUGGAGCUGGCUAUGAUCAUGGACAGGCUGUAUGGAGGCGUGUGCUAUGCAGGCAUUGACACAGACCCGGAGCUCAAGUACCCCAAGGGAGCAGGGCGGGUCGCCUUCUCUAAUCAGCAGAGCUACAUUGCUGCUAUCAGCGCUCGUUUUGUCCAACUGCAGCAUGGAGAAAUCGAUAAACGGGUGGAAGUGAAGCCAUACGUCUUGGACGACCAGUUGUGUGAUGAGUGUCAGGGAACUCGGUGCGGGGGCAAGUUUGCCCCUUUCUUCUGCGCCAACGUCACCUGUCUCCAGUAUUACUGUGAAUACUGCUGGGCGGCCAUCCACUCACGCGCUGGUCGGGAGUUCCACAAACCACUGGUCAAGGAGGGAGGGGACCGGCCUAGGCACAUCUCCUUCCGCUGGAACUGAGAGAGAGGCAGAGGGGAGAGGGGGGGAGUAGGAGUCGCAAAAUCAUUGUACAAAUAAAUGCACUUUUCUGUUGCUGGUUCCUUUCUAACUCUAAUUUGGGAAAAAAAAUGUUUAAUUUUAAAUUAAUAUUUCUUUUAAAGAUGAGGAAAUAUGUCAAGAAAGGAAAAGAAAAUGUGUAUCCCAUGUGAAAUCCCAUUCUCUUGACUUUCUCCAGUUGCUUUUAUAUUUUAUUAGAGCAGAAUUUGAAAAGAUUAGGCUUUCAAUUGUCACCCUACUAUCCAAUUGGCGUGUCAUUGACCAUCAACUUCAAAGCAGUAUGUUCAGUUCAAAUGUUCAUCCAAUAGGCUCCAGAGCAGAUGUUCAUCCAAUAGGCUCCAGAGCAGAUGUUCAUCCAAUAGGCUCCAGAGCAGAUGUUCAUCCAAUAGGCUCCAGAGCAGAUGUUCAUCCAAUAGGCUCCAGAGCAGAUGUUCAUCCAAUAGGCUCCAGAGCAGAUGUUCAUCCAAUAGGCUCCAGAGCAGAUGUUCAUCCAAUAGGCUCCAGAGCAGAUGUUCAUCCAAUAGGCUCCAGAGCAGAUGUUCAUCCAAUAGGCUCCAGAGCAGAUGUUCAUCCAAUAGGCUCCAGAGCAGAUGUUCAUCCAAUAGGCUCCAGAGCAGAUGUUCAUCCAAUAGGCUCCAGAGCAGAUGUUCAUCCAAUAGGCUCCAGAGCAGAUGUUCAUCCAAUAGGCUCCAGAGCAGAUGUUCAUCCAAUAGGCUCCAGAGCAGAAGUUCAUCCAAUAGGCUCCAGAGCAGAUGUUAAUAGCAAAGGUGUUGCUAAAGAAGAGUGCACUUAUUUCUUUAUUUUAGAGUGCAGAAUAUAACGUCUCAGUAGUUAACCAAAGCUUAAUCUCAAUUGGUUUGAAAAAGAAACAAGUACAGAAACAUGGAUUCUUUCCCAGAUCAGAUGUUUGAAUAUUAUUAUGAUUUUUUUUAGAGACCAUGCUAAUAUUUGAUGUUACUUGACAAGAUCCAUUUCACAACAGGCGUUCUGGUUUGAUCUCCAUUUUGACAUGCAAAAACUAAUACCUCAAGCUUAGCUGCUAAUGUGACAAAUAAGUUAAAGAAAGUAAGCUGGUAUCCCUCUUCCCUUAGGACCACAAUCAAAGGGAAACGGCGUCAGCAAAAAGACACAUUUUUAUAGACGCUGCUUUGUCACUUCUUUAUUUUUGUAAUCCGACCCAAGGUUGUACUACGAAUGAACAGAGCAUUUUAUUGGGGAAUGUAUGGCGUUGGAGGUUCCUGAGGCCCUCAGCGCUGGCCCGUAUAGAGAUAAGUGACACCCCCCCCCUCUGUGUCUGAGGUCAUGCUAGCUAGGAGAGGCUAGUGCCUAGUUCUCAUCAGGGCUGCACGUGAGCAGAAAGCCCUGUUUUUCAUGUAUUAUUAUUAUUAUUAUUGCGUUGGUGCAAAUCUCCCAAUCCUUUAUUCACAACCGUAUUCUGUUUUUAACCCCCCUCAAAAAAGAGAAAUGAAUUACAAAAGUCAGGCUUGUCAUCAACACAUUUCCAUCUAGAGGAGGAUGCUGUUACUAGACCUGCAGACCUCUCUUCCUGUGCCAGCCCAGCUAACUCAGCCAGUGUUCUAAGCAUAAAUGAAGAUAGUCCAUGCGAUGUGCUCUACUACAUGCGUCCCACAAUGCAGUUCACUCACUCAAACACUGCAAUAAAGAGGUUAUACCUAGAUGCAUUAGGGAACCAAAGUCGGCUGUGCAGUAGUGAGUAAUACAGUAUUUCAUUUUAGUUUUUCUGAGUUAUUCUUUUCCUAUUUUUCUUACGAAGACCAGAUGGACUACAGCAAACCAAAGAUUGGCCUUCAAUAGAUAACAGUGCAGUCAAAAUCCAGGAAAACACUAGUGAAAACAACUGGACUUAUUCAGUUUACAGACACCCAGGCUUUUUCACCAGUCAAUCCCCUCAUUUCCAAAGGUCAAAAUGGAGACGUUUGUUGCUAGGCAGUUGUGUAACGUGAAUAGGUCUGCAACAGGUUUGGGGAAGUGAACACAAAAAGCUAAACAAAGGCUCACAUUUGGUUUGGUUAUUAUAGUCAUACAGUAUCUGAAUCUACUAGCGUUUUAAUGUCAGGGAGGGAGUGCUGAAAUACAAUUUAACACACUAGUGAAAACCGUAUCCUUGUGUUGGCUUGAUGGUGUUCUGCUGCACCAGUUCUGCACCAUGACUUUAGCUUGAUGGUGUUCUUCUGCACCAUGACUUUAGCUUGAUGGUGUUCUGCUGCACCAGUUCUGCACCAUGACUUUAGCUUGCUGGUGUGGUGGAUAAACAUUUUAGGAGUUAAACACUUUUUGAAGAAUUUGCUGUUAAUGAGAGAAAACUAAAAAAAAAGAUUAUUUUAUACAUGGCCUGCUGAUUUUUGGUACAGUGUUUUCUAGCUAAAUUAUUUUGUCAUGCACAUAUAAACAUUUUAUGCACUACUUUUCUAAAUAUUUUUUUUUCUUUCUUCCCAACAGUCAUUUUAGGCACAUUUUUCACAAAUGGGGAAAACUCCUUUUUGCAAUACCUCAAUUUUUCACAUUGUGAAUGGUAGCUUUUGUACUUUUGUUACUGAGAGAUCUGCAUAUAUGGACACUUUUCAUUUAACGAAAAAAAUGUAGUGAUUUCGAUAUAUAUUAUUUUCAGUUCUGCUUUUUUCUACAUUUCAGUGCUGAGGAAUCUUCACAACCAAGUAGCGUACGUGCAUUGACGCGACUUCCGAAACGGCAGAGGAACGAUCAGUGUACUGCUUAGGUCUUAGAUCUUAUACACUAGAUGUUUCACAAAAAUCAGAUCUUAACAGCAUGGCGAGGACAAAGUUGUCAUUUAAAAUUUUAAUGUUAUUGUUUAAAAAAAAUUGUUAUCCUAGUUGGGGAAAAUGGUAACUUCUCUUUUUGGUUUCCUUUCCAUAGCUGGAAUAUAACUAUUAUAAGGAUAAUGCAAAUUAUGGUUCAUGCUUCGGCUGAAUCUCGUAUCACAAGAAUGGAUGUUUGGUGUUUAGAUAUUUUAACAUUUGAAAAUAUAUAUUCUUGAACUUGCCAACUAGCUCCUAUUGUAAUCCUUAGCAUGCAUGACGAAAAAAAGAUAAGUACAUGAAUUAGCUAUUGAAUUUGAUUGUUGUGGUUGUGCACCAGAUGUUUCUCAACUUUAAUUUGUUAAGGAAACCCCCACACCUCACUUCCCUCCCAUGUGUUAAUAUCGUUGCCUUCUCCAUACUCAGACCUCUGCAGGAUGCAAAGAAAAAAGAUGAGAAAAUAAGAAAAAAACUAACUCUAAAAUCUAUUUUAGCAGUGGAGGACUUGAGCAUCUUAUAGGACACUGUUGAAAAGACUUGUUAACUCAUCUCCACUGUCUGUUGAGGUAAUUCAACCGUUUUGGAAGAAGGGGAACUUUAAGACUUGAAUGUGGUAAAUGUUGCAAGUUAACUUCGAGUUGUUAUGUGCAAUACAUUUUAUUUUUUACUUUUUUCCAGAUAAAGACUCUUUGCAAUGUAAUUGUUUAAUGCCAUUUUUAAUUGCAGACAUUUAAAGAAGACGUUAAUAUGUUUUUCAGUCAUUUUCUACUGUUACUGUAAUCCUUUUCAUGCUGGUGUUUGUAAAAAAGAAAAAGAAAUCAAACUAUUUGUACUAAUAUAAAUAAUUGAAGUUAUUUUUAAAACAUUAAAGGUUUUGUGCUCAUUUGUUUAUUUCAAGCUACUGUGAUUGCAUUGUAAUUAUUAGGUCAAUAAUGUAUUUAGCUGUUUAUUGGUAUAUUUUUAAUUGGAAUGUAUAAUUUUUAUAAUUUUGAUCAGAUUUUUGUUAUAUUUUUGAGGUGAAGCUUUUAAAGUGUCUAGUUUUUACUAAUUGCUAUAUUGUGCUCCACAAUAUAUGAUUAACAUUUUCUGAAGGAAAAUAAAUAUUUAAAUAUUUGUCUGUUAAUGAUGUUACUUAAUGGCAAAAUUUCAAUAGUUUUUAACUGGGAAGGUUGUUGUAUUUAUUAAUAGCAUUUUUUACUUAAGAUAUCACCUUAAUUUCUAUUGUCAUUUCACUUUAUAAGUUCCUAUUUUUGUAUUUUCCUUUCUAAUUAAGUUAUGUAAUACAAAAUGUCCAUAUUUCUAGGAGUUGGUCUGUAGCAGUGCUAGUGAAACGAAAAAUAAAAUUCUGUUAUUUAAUUGUUUGCAGCCAACUAUUUAUAACAGUGCAUCAUUUUGAAAUAUUUGUAAUGUGAAAUGUUGAAUGAAUAAAACUUAACUGUGAUAAGG